AUUGUGGAGAUCUGUCAAUAUAUUUUUCAUUUUCAGUUGUGCAAAAUUAAUUUUUUUUUAGCAUAAGGGUGUGAGGUGGGAGAAGGUCAAAUGGUAUAUUUCAUCUAGAAAAUGACGUUUUGGUGGUCACUGGCAUUUAGGAGGCUCUUGAAUUUAAGUUGCUUUUAUGUAUGAAAAGGUCACAGUUGGAUUUCUAUAAUGUAAUGAGUUGUGUUGAUUUAGAUUAAUGCUACCCGUAUUUUGUAGGACCAUAGUUUGUGGUAGCAUUUGGUUUUUCCUUUAUUGCUUCAGUAUGCAUUUACAACGAUUAGAUAGUUAAGUUCUCCUAACCUCUGUGCAGGUCCUUAAAAUUAUUGUUAUUUCAUCUCUUUAUAUGCCAUUUUUUUAUAAACAAUAUGCUAGGGGUGAACAUCUUUGUUGAAAUUCUAUACUAUAGUUAUUUAUUUAUGCUAAUAUGAUAUCUUGGUGAAAUAACUUAAGAAGUGGCAACUGUAAUCUGAACUGGUGUCAUCUGAUAACGAAAGGGUUGGUUUUUGAGUGAAAGAUUUUAUUACUUCACUAGCUCAGACAUUAUUUCGUGGCGUAUAUUUGAGCCUGAAUAUUGGUUAGGAAUGGACCUCAAAUCAGGCAGUACAUCCCCUGUUCUCACCGACAACACGAGGUUAGGCAUUCACUCCGGUCUGCUUCCGUACUCUCACAGUGGCUCUGCUUUCUCUCCGGCACUCUUCCUUACCAUACCGAGGAAGAGACCUGGACUACUUGAUGAUGUGAAGUCCAGCCUGCUUGAUACUAUGAUAUCAUCAUCCCCGACUCAUAAUAAACUAUUGAAAGAGUCCAACAAUGAGACAGCACAAAGUGAUGGUGAUCUUGCUUACCGAAACUGGACGUGCAAGUAUCCGUCAGCGCUUGCGUCUUUUGAGCAAAUAGCUAAAAGUGCAAAUGGAAGGAGAAUAGCAUUGUUCUUGGAUUAUGAUGGAACUUUAUCUCCAAUAGUUGACAAUCCUGAUCGUGCCUUCAUGUCAAAUGCUAUGCGUGUUGCUGUCAGAAACGUGGCCAAGUAUUUUCCAACAGCUAUAAUUAGUGGUAGAAGCCGAGACAAGGUAUAUGAAUUUGUAGGUCUAACCGAACUUUAUUAUGCUGGAAGUCAUGGUAUGGACAUCAUGGGCCCAGUUAGUGCUUCUCAUGGUGACAACAGAAACUGUAUCAAAUCUAUUGACAAGAAGGGCAAGGAAGUUAACUUGUUUCAGCCUGCUAGUGAAUUCUUACCCAUGAUUGACGAGGUACACAAAUCUCUUCUGGAGAUUACCAAAGAUAUAGUUGGUGCAAAAGUUGAGAACAACAAGUUCUGUGUUUCUGUACACUACCGUAAUGUGGAAGAGAAGAGUUGGAGCAUAGUUGGUCUUGCUGUCCAGGAAAUUCUGAAAGAGUAUCCUCGUUUGCGGUUGACACAUGGUCGGAAGGUCUUAGAAGUUCGACCAAUCCUCGACUGGCACAAGGGUAAAGCUGUUGAAUUCCUACUUGAAUCACUUGGUCUGACGAACUGUGAUGACGUUCUCCCCAUAUAUGUUGGAGAUGAUCGCACAGAUGAAGAUGCAUUUAAGGUUUUAAGAGAGGGUAAUCGAGGUUAUGGGAUCCUAGUGUCGUCCAUGCCCAAGGAAAGCAAUGCAUUUUACUCUCUCAGGGAUCCUUCAGAGGUCAUGGAGUUCCUCAACACGUUGGUGAUGUGGAAGAAGAAAAGUGUUGUAUAAUUAUAUUGGCGUAAGAAAGAAGUACGCGGUAUUAAUACGAAUGGAUAAAUUCGGAAGAUAUUCUUUGUUUUUUUUUCGUCUGAGAUUUUCACGGGUUGAGGAGCGGAGAUGCUUGAAGCUAUCGUGGUUUCUUUCUUCUUUGGUAUUCGAUUUUCCAGCACCAAGGAUGUCCUCAAGCCCACCUACUCUCAUUGAUUCUUCCUAGUAUAAGUAUAGUAAGCCUCCCAAAGGGUGGCCUGCCUCUACCUAUGUAAGGACUUUAUGAUACAUUUGUUCAUUUAUCCAUUUUCAUUCAUUUCAGUUUCACCCCCCUUUUUUGGGUUCUAGUUUAGUAGGAAAGACAUACUGCAAUGCAUAUGAUCCCUAUUAAUGUUACCAUUUUGAUUUCUUUAA